AUGCUUCUGGUACCUAGGGUUCCCGUGGUGAUGCAGGGCAAGUGUGGCCUUCUGAAGAUAAGCAGACCUUUGCAAGGGAGCUUGUCCAGAGGGUUCCACUUCUCCAGAGCUCACAGAAGUGAGUACGACGAGGAGAAAGUGGUUAUAGAUGAAAUAAAUAAGAAGCUGACCCCCGUUGAUAUACAAAACCAGCAAAAGCUGCGUAACAUUGGUAUUUCCGCACAUAUUGAUUCGGGUAAGACCACUUUUACUGAAAGAGUGCUAUACUAUACCAAGAGGAUCAAGGAGAUUCAUGAAGUGAGAGGCCGUGAUAACGUCGGUGCUACUAUGGACUUCAUGGACUUAGAAAGAGAAAAAGGUAUUACCAUUCAGUCCGCUGCCACUUACUGUUCCUGGGACAAGGACAAGAAUAGCUACCAUUUCAACUUGAUCGACACUCCAGGUCACAUUGAUUUCACUAUCGAAGUCGAAAGAGCUUUGAGAGUACUGGAUGGUGCUGUCCUUGUUGUCUGUGCUGUGUCAGGUGUCCAGUCCCAAACUGUGACUGUGGACCGUCAAAUGCGUAGAUACAAUGUCCCAAGAGUCACUUUCAUUAACAAGAUGGACCGUAUGGGUGCUAAUCCUUUCAAAGCUAUUGAACAACUGAAUUCUAAAUUAAAACUACCGGCUGCCGCUGUUCAGGUUCCUAUCGGAGCUGAAUCAGAGCUGAAAGGUGUUGUCGAUUUACUGGAUAUGAAGGCUUACUAUAACAAGGGGGAUAACGGUGAAAUAAUCGAGAGUGGUCCAAUUCCUGAAGAGUUGAAAUCACUUGCAGAAGAAAAGAGACAAGUUUUGAUCGAAACAUUGGCCGAUGUUGACGAACAUAUGGCAGAGAUCUUCUUAGAAGAGAAGGAACCAACCAUCCAAGAAAUGAAAGAUGCUAUCCGUAGAGCAACCAUUGCCAGAAAAUUCACUCCUGUAUUGAUGGGUUCUGCUCUAGCUAACACUGGUGUACAACACGUUUUGGAUGCCAUUGUGGACUACUUACCAAAUCCAUCUGAAGUUUUGAAUACUGGUUUAGAUAUCGCACAUGAAGAAGCGAAAGUCAACUUGAUCCCCUCUGUUCAACAACCAUUUGUCGGCUUAGCAUUCAAGCUUGAAGAAGGUAAAUAUGGUCAGUUAACCUAUAUUCGUGUCUACCAGGGUCGUUUGAAGAAGGGUAGUUAUAUCACUAACGUUAAAACUGGUAAGAAGGUGAAGGUUUCCAGACUAGUGAGAAUGCACUCCAAUGAGAUGGAAGAUGUUGAUGAGGUUGGCUCUGGUGAAAUUUGUGCCACAUUUGGUAUCGACUGUUCUUCUGGUGAUACUUUCAGUGACGGUACCUUACAAUAUUCUAUGUCUUCAAUGUUUGUCCCUGAUGCUGUGGUUUCCCUAUCUAUCACACCAAAGAGUAAGGACUCCACCAAUUUUUCAAAAGCUCUGAAUAGAUUCCAAAAAGAAGAUCCAACAUUUAGAGUUAGAUUUGACCCUGAAUCUAAGGAGACCGUCAUUUCUGGUAUGGGUGAAUUGCACUUAGAAAUUUAUGUUGAAAGAAUGAAGCGUGAAUAUAACGUGGAAUGUAUUACUGGUAAACCUCAAGUGUCCUAUAGAGAAUCUAUAACUAUUCCUAGCGAAUUUGACUACACUCACAAGAAACAGUCUGGUGGUGCAGGUCAAUACGCCAGAAUCAUUGGUGAUUUAUCUCCAGUUGAAGGAGGUAAUAAAUCUAAUGUAUUUGAGACCCAUGUUGUUGGUGGUCGUAUCCCUGACAAAUAUCUAUCUGCCUGUGCCAAGGGAUUUGAUGAAGCUUGCGAAAGGGGUCCUUUAAUUGGUCAUAAAGUCUUGAAUGUCAAGAUGUUGAUCAAUGAUGGUGCCAUUCACUCAGUCGACUCUAACGAACUUGCUUUCAAGGUUGCUACUUUAACUGCUUUCCGUGACGCAUUCCUAAAAGCUCAACCGGUUAUUAUGGAACCUAUUAUGAUAGUUUCAGUAACUUCACCAAAUGAAUUCCAAGGUAAUGUCAUUGGCUUGCUAAAUAAGCUACAAGCCGUUAUACAAGAAACUGACAAUGGCCACGACGAAUUUACCUUGAGGGCCGAAUGCUCAUUGAGUACUAUGUUUGGCUUUGCAAGUUCAUUAAGAGCUUCUACACAAGGUAAGGGUGAAUUCUCUCUAGAAUUCAGCCAUUACGCUCCUACAGCUCCUCAUGUUCAGAAAGAGUUGAUAGCUGAAUUCCAAAAGAAACAAAAGAAAUAG